AUGGAUCAAAAUAUUCUUAUUGAAGAUAUUAUAGGUACAAAAAAUACACUUAUAAUUCUUCGUCAAGUUUUUACUGUAAAUCGAAAUUCACUUGAACCAUUCUCACUUAUCUUCGAUUCGAUUACAAAGCUAAUUAAUAUCUUAACUAAUUCAUCCGCCAAACAAAUUGAAACAGCUUUACUAUUAAGUGAAUCGAACAACUUUUUCAAAAACCUUGCAAACACACUUGAUGAGUUAAGUGAUGCAAUUACAACGAAAAAGAAUAUUUCAAAAAUCAAUGAUGUAAAUGAACAACUUGUCUCCGCUGUUCAAAAACUUCAAUUAAGUUCAUCUUAUGUAGUUAACAAUGAGGACAAAACUGCAGAUGAUAUAUUCAAGAAACUUUUACAGCCAGAUACUCAUAUGCACACCAUUCCUCAGCCUGAAGCUCCAGAAUUUACUGCCGACAUAUCAGUUUCUUCUCUCGAAGAUGACGAAGCAUUGACACGUCCUAUUUUCCUUGAACAAGAAGACAAACAAAUGGUAUCUGCUAAUACCGAUGAAUUUGCAUAUUUUCGUUUUUCCAGUCGACGACGUAAUCCUUCGGUUCCUUCUAAGGAAAAGACAGACACUGUCGGUCCUACCCGACCAACCAAGUCACGUUUACCGAUGCGGGCUCCCAUUAUUUCUCGUCCUAAUGAACAACCUGUAAACAAGCCUCGACUAAUGAUCAGUUAUAAUCAUGCUUCGAAGCCAUUAUGCACUGACAUUUAUGAAAGCUUGACAAAGGAUGGUUACAAUGUAUGGAUUGACUUCGAACAAAUGCAUGGAAACACACUAGUUGCAAUGGCACAAGGUGUCGAAAGUUCCGAUAUAUUUCUCUACUGUGUAACGGAAAACUAUAGUCAAUCGCGUAGUUGUCAAAAAGAAGCUGAAUAUGCAUUUGUUCAACAAAAGAUUAUGAUUCCAUUAUUUUUACAAUCGAAAUACAAACCGUGCGGUUGGUUAGGACUUCUUGUGGGUACUAGUUUAUAUAUUGAUUUUACGAAGAAUGAUUUUACUCAGAACUAUGCGAAGCUAAAAAGUGAGAUUGAAGCAAAUUCAAUGCGUAUAAGUAGUAAUAAAAAUGAUGUUCCAAGAUUGACAUUAAAUCCGACUACUAAUGGCCAAGGACAAAUUCAUAAAGAAACUGAUAAUCCUUCAUUAACUAAGACAAAUUCAGAUCCAACUGUGAAAAAGUAUCGUACUUGUGCUCUCAUAUAA